AUGUCAGGCCUUCGCAGCAUGGAGACGACGCACAAGAGCACCUUGGUGCUUCGGUGCAAAGUUGUUGUGGUGGGAGAUGGCGCCGUGGGCAAGACGGCGUUGUUGCAGUCUUUCAAGAGCAACGGACACGAGUACCCAAAGAAUUACGUCAUGACAUCCAAUGCCGAAUUGGUAGUCAAACCUGUGCCGAUUCCCGAUACGAAUGUCCUCGUGGAGCUGUACCUGUACGACUGCCCAGGGCAAAGUAUCUUCAACCAACGCGAGUUUGGCUCCGUGCAUUUUGAAGGCGCGUCCAUGAUCAUGUUGGUCUUUGACGUAAACAGCAAAGAGUCGUUCAAGUCGUGCACGAAAUGGUACCAAGAUGUGGCCAAACCGUCCUCCAACCAUACCCUUCCAGGGGUACUUGUGGGCAACAAGUCGGACAACAAGGAAGGCAACCGGGACGCGAUUUCCCAGAAAGAAGCCGAAGAAUUCGCCGACCAAAACAACUUGAAGUACUAUGAAUGCUCCGCGCGCCUCGGAACAGGGGUCGACGUGCCCUUUGUGCAUCUGGCCAAUGCGUUCAAGCAAAAGUACGACGACUUUGCCGAGCGCGCCGAGAAUAAUUGA